AUGGCGAAGAAGCAGCAGGUAAUGCCGGUUCCUCCAGCAUGGGGCAUAAGGGGCAGCUUCCAAUCGCUUGUUGCUCUUCUCAUUGCUACUCUUGUCGUUGCUGCAAUCUAUCUGAGACAGAGCAAUGAACGAUUGUUCCAGUACUGGACUACUCAAAAGGAUCCUGCUGGUUUGUCGACGUCGACCUGCAAAUUGUUCACCGGAAAGUGGGUAUAUGAUAAUGAAUCCUACCCUUUAUACAAAGAGAAAGAAUGCGCCUUUAUGUCUGAUCAGUUAGCUUGUGAGAAGUUUGGGAGAAUGGACCUUAACUACCAGUUCUGGAGAUGGCAACCUCAUCACUGUGACCUCCCCAGGUUCAAUGCCACAGCAUUGCUGGAGAAGCUUAGGAACAAGAGGCUUGUUUACGUUGGGGACUCACUCAACAGAAACCAAUGGAUUUCCAUGGUCUGCCUGGUGGACUCGGUCAUCGCUCCAGCCUUCAGAUCCAUGCAUAACAAUGGCUCCAUCAACAUUUUCAAAGCCACUGAAUAUAAUGCAACAAUUGAAUUCUACUGGUCUCCAUUGAUGGUGGAAUCCAACUCUGAUGACCCAGUUAAUCAUCGGGUGCAAGAUAGGAUUGUUAGAGUCCAGGCAAUUGAAAAGCAUGCAAGGCAUUGGACUAACGCAGAUUUCCUUAUAUUCAACACCUAUCUUUGGUGGAGAAGACGCCAAAUGAAGGUUUUGUGGGGGUCUUUUGAAAACCCAGAAUCUGGGAUAUACAAAGCAGUAAAGUUGCCAAGAGUAUACGAGAUGGCCUUACAGACUUGGGCACAAUGGCUAGAGGUUCAUGUCAAUAGAAACAAGACCAAGUUAUUCUUUAUGAGCAUGUCACCAACUCACCAAAAGGCCGCGAAAUGGGGCGGGAUCGGAGGCAAAAAUUGUUACAGUGAAACGGAACUCGUUACCGAAGAAGGAUACGUAGGUGAUGGAGCGAGUCCAAGGAUGAUGCGUGUGGUGGAUAAGGUGCUUGAUGAACUGAAAACAAGAGGCUUGAACGUGCAGAUGAUUAACAUUACACAGUUAUCAGAUUAUAGGAAAGAAGCCCAUCCAUCAAUUUAUAGGAAACAUUGGGAAACAAUAACAGAAGAACAAUUAGCGAAUCCCAAGAAUUAUUCGGAUUGUAUUCAUUGGUGCCUCCCAGGAGUGCCUGAUGUGUGGAAUGAGCUGCUCUACGCUUACAUUCUUCAACUUUGACAAUUCCCCAUUUCCAAAUAAAAUGUUUUUGAAAAUCAGGGGUUGAUUCUGAAUGUUAACUGUUGAUUCAAUGAAUUAUAGCUGACAAAGGCUUACAUGUA